AUGUCGAUGCCAAAGCAGGACGCCGCGGAUGGCUCCUCCAGCGAUACCGGAUCUGCAUCCUCGUCUUCCUCGUUCUCGUCGGCCACCCACGUAACACCGCCGCUCAGUCAUCGAUCAAUGCCCAUGCGCGCUCUCUCAGCCCCCACAAAUGCCGACCUACAUGACGCCCUUGACUUGGAAGGAUCAGCCUUGCGUGACGUUGGAGACCUCUUCGAAGCCCUGGCUUCGCCGAUCUCUCUUCCAUUCCCUCCCAACCGAAUAUUCUACAAGCUACCGCAAAGGCUUUACGACGCACAAAAGAGACGUUGGAAAGGGUAUCCUGAUCUGUCUGGUGCAUACCCCGACGACGAACGCGAGCAACUCGUUGCAGCAUUUCUGGACGAUAUACACGACCACUGUCGCGAGGUUUUGACAAACCAAGGUGUUCGUCUUCCCGAUGAAGAACGAAGGUGGUUUGCCACGCGCACCUCGCCUACCAACCCCAAUGACGGCCCAACCAUAACCGGCGCUGUCCUUGUUGAGUCGAGCUCGGGUGUCGCAUGGUCUAAUGUCAUGUGCGACCUGCAGGUAGCCGGCAGCGACGAUCUCAUCCCUGCUGCCGUGCGGAAGUUGUCGACGACCGCCGCAUACGUCUUCGCCACACAGGAUGACUGUAUCUACCACGUUGGCCUCGCAUUCGCCGGCGACUCAUUCACUGUUGUCGUUCAUGAUCGUGCUGGUCGCGUCCAGUGCUACACGCGUCAUGUGCACAAGCAUGGCGUCCUCCUCGUCCGCCUUGUGUUGGCCAUGACUCUGACAACGACCCGCCUUGGCCGUGAUCCAGCGAUCAUCAUGCGUCCUGGAGGCACGCGUGUGCUCCACGUCAACGGCGUCGAGUACGAGAUUCUGGAACGCCUGUUCAACAGCUACCCUAUCCGCGGCCGUGGAACUGUCUGCUGGCGUUGUCGUAGGCCAGGUAGCGACGAGGAAUAUGUCGUCAAGAGCACAUGGGUCAACGUCAAUUGCGAAGAAUCGGAGGUGUCAUUCCUCGAGCAAGCUCAGGGCGUCGAUGGGAUUCCUACGCUAGUUGACCACGAACUCGUGGUUGACGCGCAAGGAAAACCAAGGUCUACGGAUCUAUUCCGCGCAUCGCUCCGACGGUCGAGUAGGCAGCAUGAGCUGCACGGCAUAGACGUUCUCCGACUUCAAAGACUAGUCAUGCAGCCGCUCGCUCGUCCCUUAUCAGACUUCAGUUCCAAGGAGGAAUUGCUCAGCGCUAUACGAGACGCCGUCGCAGGUAAGUGUAUCCAAAUCGCUGCGCAGUCAGGACCUGACGACGUUGCAGCGCAUCUGGUCCUUUGCCAUGAGAGGGGUAUACUGCACAACGACAUCAGUGAAAACAACAUCAUGUUACGCGCCCAAGUUUCGGGACGGCUCCGUCGAGGGCUCCUUAUCGACCUCGAUUCUGCUACCUACAUCAGUCAACCGUCAGGUGUGGCGUGCGCCGGUCACCAUCUCGGCACAUUGCCGUUCAUGUCCUGCUCCCUCUUGCUCUAUCCUGGUCUGCCCCACCUGCCUAUCCACGAUCUCGAAUCAUUCCUCUAUGUUCUCAUGUGGAUCUGCACGAGCUACGCAGGGCCCAUGAGCGCUAGACGGACCGGCUUUGAUCCAUUCCAAUCACCCAUGGGCCUGUUCUCCGGCGACCCCACCGAAGUUGGCAAACUGAAAGAGGAGAUUAUGUACCAGCCACCAUCGAAAUUCCGCGCCUUCCUGGACGACACUUUCGAUCCUUACUUCGACGAUCUGAAGGACUGUGUAUGCGAGAUCCGACGCGCUAUCCUCUUUAACGCGGAGGAUACGACGCACGAAGACAUCCUCGAUAUCCUUGAGCUGCACGCCUGCGCUCAGCAGCCGCAAGACAAGCGUCGCCGACCUGUGUUAAUCAAACAGCCGCGGAAGGAGGAGGAGCCCCCCUCCUGGUGGACGUCGGACCCCAAGUGGGCGAUCCAGACGCUGUCCGAGGAGACAUUGGACGGUCCUCACGGCGACGACGCUGAGUCCCGACUCAGUGGGAAUGACGUUAUUGACGGCAACGGCCGACCUAGUGAUUCGCCGCACGGGGGCGCGACGGCGCAUGUACAACCUAAGGUGGCCCCCUUCAACAGGAUUUUGUACGGCGGCCUAGAUGAAUCAAUCCAUACAUGCGACGGUCAACGGGGCAAGAGGCGGUCAACGACGAACACGUAUCCCUCAUCUGUACUUUACAAUGGACCGAAUCGCGGACAACCCAACGAGACACUCUCGAGUCGUUCUUCUGGCACCGUCUCAACUACGUCGGCUGUACCUACGCCAGCAGAGGCAAUACCUGUACUCAUAGCUUUACUGGCGGUCGUAUUCACCCCGGCUGCGACCCGCCGUCUACCAUCGCGAAAACGCAAGAACGAAGCGCAGAAUGCCUCGCUCGACGCCAUACUCGUCAAUGGCCUGCAUACUUGCGAAUCCUGUGCCCCGCCGGAGGCCGUCGAAGACGCUGCGGACGACUGGCUCUGUCCUGAUUGCUCGACGAUUACUCUCCUCAGCUACCACGCCCGCUUCAUUCUCCGGGAGCAGGGUCGCAGACAAAAUCAAUCUCGCCACUGCAGACUACGGGCUAUAUAUAUGCCGGCCAAGCAUCAAUUAGCGCAAGUUUGGCCGACGAAGAGCAAGACCGGCUAUAUGCCUCAUAAGCCUCGCAAAAGCCCCAGGUUCAAGCAAAGGUCGAAAUCAGAGAAGGUCGCCACGUACGACUCUCCAAAUGAUACACUGUCCGUAUCCUUGUCUUCCUCGUCGCUUUCUACCUCCAACAUUACACCGCCACCUGUUCAUCAGCCUAUGGAUAUCCACGAUCUAUUGGCCCCCGCCAAUGCCGACCUGCAUGAUGCGCUAAACUUGGAGCGAACUGCCCUGCGCGAUGUUCCAAACUUCUUCCAUGUUCUCACUCCGCCGACCCUAUUCCCGAGCCCACCUAGCCUUAUCUUUCGAGAUAUGCCGCUGAAGUACUUCGACAAGAAGACGAGGCGUUGGACGGGGUACCCUGACCCGUCACGCGUAUACCCUGACGGGGAGCGCGAGCGACUGGUUGCAGCCUUCCUGAAUGGUAUCCACGACCAUUGUCGCGAGGCGCUGGCAGAGAAGGGCAUGCCUCUCCGCGUCGAAGAACGCAGAUGGCUUCCCACACGUACGUUGCCCGCCCAAUCCAAUGGCGAUAGGGUUUCCAUGUUCGGGGCUGUCCUUGUCGAAUCGAACUCUGAUGUGGAGUGGUCCAACGUCUUGUGCGACGUACAGGUAGCCAGCGGCGAAGAUCCCCUCCCCGAUGCUGUGCGAAGACUGUCGACCACCGCUGCUUAUGUCUUCGCUACUCAGGACGACUGUCUCUACUACGUCGGUCUUGCUUUCGCCGGGGACGCCUUUGCUGUUGUCAUGCACGAUCGUGCUGGCCGCGUUCAGUGCGAAACGCGACACGUGCACAGGCAUGGCCACCUCCUCGUUCGCAUGGUAGUGGCCCUUACGCUCCUGGACUCGAUACGCCUUGGCCGAGACCCUGCGAUCCUCACGCGUCCUGAUGGCACACGCCUUCUUUUCGUCAACGGGAUCGAAUACGAGAUCGUGGAGCGUCUCUUCAUAAGCAACCACCUUCGAGGCCGUGGUACUGUCUGCUGGCGCUGUCGCAAACAGGGCAGUGACGAUGACUAUGUGAUCAAGAGCACCUGGGUCGAUAUUAGACGCGAGGAGACCGAGAUUACGUUCCUCGAGCAGGCUCAGGGCGUUGAUGGGAUUCCCACCCUUGUCGACCACGAAGUCGUGGUUGAUGCGGAGGGGAAAGCCAGGUCUACAGACCUCUUUCGAGCAACUCUACGCCGACCGAGUAGACAAGAAGAGCUGCGCGAUAUCGACGUCCUCCAUCUCCAUCGACUGGUCAUGCAACCAUUCGCCAUUCCCUUGGCAGAUUUCAGCUCGAAGGAGGAGCUACUUUCCGCCAUUCGAGAUGCUGUCGCAGCACAUCUCGUUCUAUUCGCAGAGCGAGGCAUACUCCACAACGAUAUCAGCGAAUAUAAUGUCAUGCUGCGUGCCCAGCCUCAGGGACGGCUGCGUCGCGGGCUCCUCAUCGACCUCGACUCUGCCACUGACAUCCACGGACCGCAACGCACUUCGGCCGCAGGCCAACAUCUCGGUACAUUGCCGUUCAUGUCCUUCACACUCUUGCUCUGCCCAAACGUUCCCCACUGGCCCAUACACGAUCUCGAGUCAUUCCUCUACGUUCUCAUGUGGAUCUGCACGAGCUAUGCGGGGCCCAUGAGCGAUAGACAACCUGGCUUCGACCCAUAUCAAUUUCCCAUGGGCCAGUGGUUCUCGGGCGACCCUACGACUGUCGGAAAACUCAAGCGGGACAUCAUGUUCCAGCCGCUGCCCCAGUUUCGCGCCUUCCUGGACAACACCUUCGAUCCUUAUUUCGACGAUCUAAAGGACUGCGUUCAACCAUCCGACCCCCCUUGGACGUGCCACUGGCUUUUCGCACCCGCGUUCUGCAUCGUUGAUACCGCAAGGAAUCUGAUUGCCUUCAUCUCCUUCAAUAUGCCGUCGAUCAAGGAGAUAUGGCGCGACCACAUCGUGAAGAACAAGAAUCCUCCGGACGCCACUCACUCACGCCGGAGCCCAAGACUGCUUGCCAAACGGCGUGCAGAGCGCGCUACUGCGCCUGGCGCCACCACCUCCUCAUCCCACUCCUCCUACUGUCCCGCCUUUCAUCGCCAUCUUUCCUCCAUUUGCCCCGCUCCGAUACUCAACAUCGCCAAUUCCAUCGAGGUCGACGGGGACGACGCCUUGGAGUUGGAGAAGACGGCUCUAUGGGGUGUUAUUGGAGUGACUGGUGUCAUCACCUCUCAUGGAAAUCUCUACCCGCACUCCACCUUCCUCAAUAUGCCGCGAAGACUCUACGAUCACAAAGCGUUUCGAUGGGCGCGCUACCCUCGCAUGGCACGUACACUCUCGGACGGGCAACGCGAACAUCAAGUGGCUGUUUUCUUGAACGAAAUAUACGACUACUACCGUAAAGCCAUGGCGCGGGAAGGCGCUACUCUACCUCGUGAAGAGCGGCGGUGGUACACGACACGAAGCAAGCGCCGCCUACCUGAUGGCAAAUAUGCUCCGGUCUACGGUGUUGUCCUGACCGAAGUCGGUUCUGAUAUGCGCUGGAAAAACGUCCUCUGUGACGUUCAAGUCGCCGACACUGCCAAUCUCAUGCCCGACGUCGUGCGGCGCCUAUCUAGGAGCGCAGCGAACGUCUUCGCUGCGCAAGACAACUGUCUUUAUCAUGUCGGCGUCGCGUUUGCUGGAGACGAAUACUCUGUGGUCAUACAUGACCGCGCGGGCCGAGUACAAUCCUUGGUUUACAAGGUGCACCGGCAGGCGGGGAUCCUCGUCCGCGUCCUCUGCUCCCUAUCGCUCCUGGACGGCGUACCUCUAGGCCGUGACCCCACUAUAGAAUUGCGCGAAGCAGGAAAGCGUAUCAUCACCGUCGACGAAGUCGAGUACGAAAUCGUGGAGCAACUUUUCUCCAGCAAAUGUGUUCGCGGGGCCGGUACAAUCUGUUGGCGUUGUCGCAAGCCGGAUGAAGAGGAGGACUACAUCAUCAAGAGCAGCUGGCGACGCGCCGGGCGCUCGAGUGAGGCUUCUUUCCUGAAACUUGCAGGUGACAUCGACGGCAUUCCCAGUCUCAUAGCGCAUGAGGUCGUCACCGAUGUCGAGGAAGAGACUUACAUCUCGACCGACAGCUUUCGCCAGGGGCUGAUCAGUCAAGGACGGAAAGAUGAGCUUAUGGCUAUAGGAUACAUGCACUUGCAUCGUCUCGUCACCCAGCCAUACGCAAGGCCGCUGUGCGACUUCACGUCGAAGGAAGAGCUCUUGUCUGGUUUUCGCGAUGCCGUCGAAGGUCAGUCCCGUCGAAUGUCUCCCAUCGUGUCACUGACCACCGCCGAAGCCCACUACAGGUCAUUUACGGAGAAGAAAGCAUUGCAUUGCGACAUCAGCGAGCAAAAUAUCAUGCUGCGAUCGAAGAACGCGGACGAACGGAUACGGCGAGGCCUUCUCAUUGACUGGGACUGCGCGGCCUUCGUCAGAGGACCCCGAAGUACAGCGCCAAUUGGCUACCGUACAGGCACAGCACCAUUCAUGUCGUUGGUCCUUCAAACGGACCCUAGCGCGCCACACGCUGCCCACCAUGAUUUGGAAGCGUUCUUCUACGUGCUGAUGUGGAUCUGUACAUACUACGCCGGCCCAUCGUGCACGAGGCGCAGGGGCUACGACUGGCGCAACUCCCUGGUGGGUCAGUGGUCCAAGGGCGACUUGAAGGAGAUCGGCCAGCGCAAGUGGAACGACGUAUGUGCCAAGUCCCGAAAGGACUUCCGUGUCUUUCUGGACGAGAACUUCCACCCGUACUUCGACGACCUGAAGGACUGCGUUUGUGACCUGCGCCAAGCGAUAUGGUGCCCAAAGGAUAAGGACUGCGUGACGCAUGAGGAUGUGCUUGAUAUUAUCGCCAAGUACAUAGUGGCCCAGCAAUCGCCAGAGCUACAACGAGCUCAAUCCUCUUCGCAUGGUCCAGCACCCGACACGGUUCAAGGUCCUGAUCGAACGCUCACCUCGGACGAAUCUUCAACCGCCGCGCCGCCGAAUAAGAGGAAACGUACGAAAGCAACGUCAAGUGGUGGUCCCAAGAGGCGCAGGCUCAAUUCCUAG